AUGGCUACGGACCCCACAACGAAUGGAGGAAGCUCCACGGAGUCUCAAAGCUUGACGGCAGCCGAGAGACUCCAGCAGAAACACGAGGCUGAUGCUGCUCACCGGCCCAUGAUCGAAGAUGUUGUUGAUGAGGAAGAUAUCGCACAUCCACCGCCGUCGAUGCACCUUGCUUCCGAAUCGGAACCCACGCACGACCCAGUCGAACAGAUACAGCCCAUGUCAGAAAAAGCGGCUGGGAAACAAAAAGCAAGGGAUGAACCAACUCCAAUACCUGCAAAUCCAAAACCCAACGGUAUUGCGUCUUUCGACGCCCAGGACCAAGAAGCUUUUCCAGCUCUUUCGAGCGGGCCGAAAGCUCCAGCGCCCGUCCCAGCUGCUAUGGCAUGGGGAGCAAAGAAACCUUCUUCCGUCCAUGCUGGUGCCAAUGGCAUUAACGGAAAUGCUCCUCUCUCAAGUUUGAGCUCGUCUCGCGCCUCAACCCCUACAUCUGGCUUAAUGAACCCUGCUUCAACCAACGCUUCUCGCGCGCCACAGACACGAGGGCUAUCAAUGCCCCAGCAGAUGCCAAUGCCGGGUAGACACAGCGAGAGGAUCCAGUUCGCACCAUCGCAGUUGCUGCCAAGAGAUCAGCUAAAGAAGCCUCUGCAUGACGUGCUGAGAAGUAUAAACAAAGGAUCCAAAGCAAAAGUAGAGAUGAAGUCCGGCCCAAACGGGAACAUUAUCUUCGAAGGCACUGGUCCGGUCGAUGCUGCUAGGCAGGCCUUGAAAGAUCUAGCCAAAGAAGUUGGCUCUAAGCAACACGUCAAAAUCCCGAUUCCGUUAAGCGUGCGGCCCCAUGUCAUUGGGCGUCAAGGUGCUGUGGUCCAGGGCAUCUCAAAGCGAACAGGUGCCCGCGUUCAGAUACCGAAAGCCGAAGACACCCCCAACUUUGAAUUAGAGGACGAUGAUAGUCUCACCAUUGAUGUUGCUAUCGAGGGUGACGCAGUUGCAGCGGAGAUGGCUAGGCGUGAGAUCGAAGCAAUCGUUAAUGAACGGACUUCAACUGUCAAUCUGCGUUUACGAGACAUUCCUGCCGAAUAUUAUCCGUUCAUCGCUGGUCCUCACAACAGUGGCGUCAACGCUCUCGAAGAUAGUCAUCAAGUCCGAGUCCAGGUGCCUCAUUAUCAUACCUGGUCAGAUCAGCCGCCUCCUCAGGCUCCAUCAUCUGGCAUGCCCGUCUUUCUCCCUAGCUCUGAUAACCACAUUCGCAUCUCUGGCGAUCGACUGGCUGCACAGGAAGCGCGAGCUGCAAUUGAACGCCAGGUUCAGGAACUACGGCGUCAGAUCACCCUUUCUCAAAUUCCCAUCGAGCGCGGUCGACAUCAGUUCAUUUCCGACAGCAAAGGUGCUUCGUUGAACGAUAUUCUGGCAGAGACUGGCUGCGCAGUCAUUCUGCCGCCUGCGUCAGAAGACACGGAGUUACUGACCGUCAUUGGCCCGCAAGAUAGACUGGAAAUAGGGACCAACAAAGUCAUAGACCUGGCUAGUAGUAUGCAAAUGUCUCUUGUCGACAUUGCGCGCCAACAUGCAAACGCUCCUAUGGGCCCUCAGGCUCACGCUCGAGCACUAACGAGGUAUCUACAACAGCGUCAGGCAAUCGAACAACUGGAGAGACAGUUUGAUGCUCGCAUCAUUGUGCCUACCAUUGAAAAUGGUCCGACCAGCUGGGAAGUAUACCACAAGGAUGGUAGGAAUGGAAUUCGUGCGCGCCAGGAUAUCACAAAUCUCAUCAGUGCACACCCGCCGACUCGGCUGCGACAUGUGGAGAUCGAUCCUUUUUUCCAUGAACAUAUUCACCGGCAGGGCGCUAAGCGUAUCCGCGAUGACUUUGGCGUUCAUAUCCUCCCCCCUGAAGAGAUUAAUCAAGAGCCUCACGUGAUACUUGUAUACGAAGGGCCUUCAUCAAGCGAUGGUGGAGAGUAUCAAUUGCCCAGGCAAAGACCAUCAAAUGACGAGAUUACCGAAUUCGAGGCAAAUCUUCGACAAGCUCAAGAUUUCGUUCUAGGCCUCAUAGAAGGACAGCAGGACAUUGGCGCCGCCAGCGUUGAGGUCCCGCCAAAGUAUCGUGAUAAAGUCCGAAAGUUUGUGCAUCGGGAACAGCAGAAUCUUCCGCAUACAGAGAUCCCAGUGCAAGUGAAAUUUGGAGCCACUAACGCCGCCAACGGUGGUAUGCCAACAUCGCAAAGCCCCAUAGCUGCUGCUGCACUUGAUCAUGAGUGUCAUCUACGAGGACCGAGUAACACAGUUGAGGUACUCUCAGAGAAGAUUGCAGCUUUUCUCGAAACGGAAAGGCAAGAGGAAUCGGAGCGAGGUCAUGUCACGAGCUUCGACUUCCCCCAAAAGUAUGCAAACUACCUCAUUGGUAAGAAAGGUGAUAAUAUCAACAAGUAUCGCGAAGAGUUUGAUGUCGACAUUCAGGUAAAAGAGGGCAAAGUCGAGAUCACCGGGCCGAAGGCUAAAGCCGAUGCCGCCAAGUCGAGGAUCAUUGCAUUAGGUAAGAAACUUGAAGACGAGGCCACCCACGUCCUCAAAAUCAAACCAGAGUACCAUCGAGACAUGAUUGGCGCCAAAGGGAGUCAAGUAAAUCAGCUUCAAAGGAAAUACAACGUACGAGUGCAAUUCCCUCGGUCGACUCCGGCUUUGGACGACGAUCGGUCUGUCGCUGAUGACGCGAGUGAGGCUGGAAGUACGAGAAACCGUAGGCCCAAUCAAGCUCCCGAUGAGGUGAUUGUGCGAGGACCACGGAAAGGAGCAGAUGAAGCAAGAGAUGAGCUCCUAAACCUUCUGCAGUGGACUCUGGACAAUUCUCAUAAAUCUACUGUUUCCGUUGCGCAGGCCCAACUGCCUUCUCUCAUAGGCCAAGGCGGUCGGGAAAUGGAAAGUGUGAGACUCUUGACAGGUGCGCAGAUCGAUGUACCUGGGAGUAGAGAAGGCGCAGACCCCAAUGGACGUGUACAAAUUCACCUCAAAGGGUCUAAGAAGCAGGUAGAAGAUGCCAAGAAGCUUUUGGAGCAGAGAGCAAAGAUCUUUGACAGCAGUAUCACGAGGCACCUCGAUGUUGACAAGAAGUACCAUAAAGCCCUCAUUGGCAGUGGCGGAGCAAACAUCCGUAACCUAGUCGUUGAAGCCGGUGGUUCUGACGACCGGCGUGAUCUCGCCAGAACUGUUCGCUUUCCCGGCCAAGACUCGGAUGAUAGCAUCAUCCGUGUCGAGGGUAGCCAAGCGCUUGUGGAUAAGAUCGUUGCUGCUAUUGAGACUUUCGCUGGUCAAAGGGAAAACUCCACGACCGAAUCGAUGGAGGUUGCACCUGAAAAGCAUCGUAUGCUCAUAGGCCGUGGUGGAGAGGUUCGAAGAGCUUUGGAGUCGCAAUUCAACAUCGGCUUAGACAUUCCGAAACUAUCACAGCAGGGGCCAGCGCGCUCUCAAGUCAAAGUCUCUGGGCAGCCCGCAGACAUUGAGAAGGCAAAGGCGCAUAUUCUAGACUUGAUAAAGGACCAAGAAGGCGAGGCUUUCCAAGUGCCUCGUAAAUACCACCAAGCAGUUUCGGAUAAUGGACAAUUCUUCAGGCGUCUCCGCAGUGAUCAUAAGGUCACAGUCGAUCAUGCAGGUCACCAACCACCAAAAAGGUCUGCUGCUGUACCACGACCCCAUGUCAAUGGCGGCGCCUCUCUGCCUUUGAUCACUGAUAACCAGGACUCCAUGGACAAUCACUCAUGGGAAGUCGUCGAUGGUGGAGAGAGCGCCGAAGAAGGCGACAUUCCCUGGAUUCUACGCGGAUCACCAGAGAGCGUCGCCAAAGCACGUGUUAUGCUGGAGAGGGCGAUAGAGCAGGCAAAAUCACAGCAGUCCCAAUCGAUUGGAUAUCUGGUCCUGCCCGACCCCAAGACAUACCGCUUCAUCAUCGGCCAAGGCGGAUCCCAGAUCAACGCCAUCAGGAAGGAGACAGGUUGCCGGAUUACCGUGCCUCGAGACCAAUCUGAAGGCUCUGCCAUUGAGAUUGUGGGCAGCAAGGAGGGGGUUGAACAAGCAAGAGACAUCAUACUUGAUGUCGUUCAGAGUGGAAAUGCACACGCGCCAGAGCGCGACCUCAUCUUACUCCUCUCGCCCAUAACAGUCUCUGCUUCCCAUUUCAAUUUCACUUUUCGAUCGUUCAAUCUCCAAACAAUGUCCACAAACCAGCUCCGCUCCUUCUCGAAGCUCUCCCUCACCACAACGAGCAAAGCCGUCAACCCCAUCGCUCGCCCCGCCCACCACAUGUCCACUUCCACGAAAACCACCCCCGCCCGCUCCAACAGCGACGCGGCGCCCCUCCAUCCGCGACUUCCCAUUCCGAAGCCCGUGACCUCGCUCCUCCGCCCCAAGCUCUCCUCCUUUCGCGGCAUGGCGUCCGGACCCGCGCACCUUGGAUCCGGACCCAUACUCGCGAGGGUGAUGUCGGACCCCACGUUCCACAAAGACGCCGACACGGAAGCGAAAGUCGCCAUCGAAAAAGCCGUCGCGGAGGAGAUGUUGCAGAGGUACUUCCCGGGCCCCCUGGGCAGGGUCGUCCGCAAGGGCCCUCUUCCCGCGACGCCGGCGGACACGGCGCCCAGGGAGCACACCGCCCUCUGGCAUGUCCUGAACGAGGAUGAUCGGCUGUGGGUCGUGUAUGCCUACGCGCAUGCGGGCGGGGAGACGGAGGACGGGCUGAGUAUGUAUAUGCUGAGGCUGAGGCAGGUGAUUGGGGAGGAGAUCAAGGAGGCGGAAAUGGGGGGGAGGGUGAGGGGUGGGAAGGUGUUUGGGAUUGCGCAGGCGGGGAUGACGAUGUCGUUCUUUGAGUAUUGGGGGGGGAAUUUGGGGAAUGCAGGAUUGGGUGGGGUUUAG